AUGUUCGAUCCACAGUGCGAAAUAACCUUAGUUUCUCAAUUACUGGAUUCUAUUGAUGGACAUUUGAAACUGAUUCAUACACCAAUGAAAUCACACGAUGCUGGUCACAGUAACGACGAUGAAGAGCUUUGGUUGAGCGACCAUCGAUCGAUAUUUUCAUCUUGCGAAAGUCCUUACCGAAAACCGAUACCUUCGAUUCGGAAUAGCCAAUACGAAGGUUUUCAUUGGGAUUUAUACGGUAAUAAUGAAUAUCAUCGACUCGCAUUUGAAUACGAUAAAAGAAGUCAUUCGUCACCCACGCAUAUGUUAGAAUGGUCAAUGCAGUUCGAAUCGGAUCAUCUGGCAGAUGAGAUUGAUGAUACGAUGUCAUCUUCAAAUCAACGACAAACAUCAUGGCAAGCAAUCAAAACCAAAUCUGUAGAUUCAACUGGUUCAGCAUCAUCAUCAUCGUCAUCCUCCUCAUCAUCGACGCCUACAAGCUCAGAUAGCGGAUCAUAUGCGCCGAAUCCUCUAACAUUAUAUCAUUUAUUUCAAAGCAAAAAAUCUCAACAACAUCCGUGCCGUUUGUAUCAAAACUUUAGUGAUAAAAGUCUAUGUGAUUCGUUAACAUCUUCGUCAUCGUCUAUUUCUGCGCAUUUUCCUCAAAUUUCGAAUGUAAACAGUCCGACAAAAAUCACUCAAAUUGAUCUGAUUAACCCAAAGCAACACUCGAAGACUAGUGUUGAUCAAUGUCUACAGACAUCUCUCAUUCUUUGUCAAACGAACAAAACAUCUAUCACUUGCUCAAAGAGUCCUGAUCGUUUAUUAAAUCAUCCUUCUAGUCAAUCAUCUUUCAUAUCCGAUUAUUCUCUACCGGACCUUGAUUUCCUAACAUAUUAUGCAAAAGAAAAUCCGUCACAAUUCUCAGCACAUUCUUCUCGAGCCAAACAGUCUCUUCUGCCGAUGAAAAGUCCAUUCAUUGAACAAUUAACACCUGAAAAUAAACCUCGACGAACAAUAUUCUUCUGUCAUAUCCCACUUUCAACUCGUCAUUCAUCAUCAGCGAAAGAGAAAUGUCUCAAACCGAAUUCAACAACGAUAUCUGCAUGCUCGAGUACAUCGAGUAGCGGCUAUUUUAGUAAUUGUUCGACAAAUCAUACGCGUCAUAUUCAAACACCGUUAAAAUCAUGUUUAAAACGAACGAAAACAGAUGUUUUAGCUGAUGACAUUGCCCAGGAUGUAUUUACAUUCACGACUGAGCGAGUUUACAAUCAAAUCGAUAGUUCUGAGCAACGCCGAUAUUCAGUAGAGCAAGAAGAACAUGAUCUGGGAACGAAGAAGAGCGUUAGUUUUCGCGAUGAAAUUGCUCGAAGGUUAAUUAAACCAUCAACUAGUCCAAAACUUCUAGAUCAAGAUACUUGUGAUAUAUUACCACGAGAAAAUUUGACCGAUAGUCCGCCGAGUGAAUUUAAUUUAUCCGAUGGUGAGGAUGAUGAAGAAACAGAUGAGAAAGAAGAAGAUUCUUUAGUGAAUUUCGUUGCUAAUACCUGCGAAGAUAUCAUCAAACCAUUACCGAUUCGAAAUGGAAGUGAUAAGCACUUGAUUGAUGCAUUUUCUCAAACAAUUCUUCGUAUAUUAGAAAUCAAAUGUAAUGAUCCAAAGACUUAUUUUCUCAAUAAUCAAACAAAUCCUGAAUUGGAUCGCAUUCUUCGUUUUGAUUUUUGUCCUUUAUUGCGUGCAGUUCUUGAAGAUGGUUUACGGCAGCAUUCAGGCUCAUUGUUUUCACGCAAAAUGAAUCUUUGGCGCUUGAUUGAUCUCACUACUCCGCUAAACAGUCGAUUCAAUGAAGCUAAAGUGAAAGUACAAACUGAUUCAUCAACAAAUGCGGAUUGGAUUGAGAAAUUUAAUUCAUUUGUCUAUCAAUUACUAAAUCUUCAUGAACUUGCUGGAUGGUUAACGCAUUUCGUUUUACAUCGAACAGUACUGAAAACUUAUUAUGAAUCAUGGGCAUUUCUACUUGUGAAUUCAAACAAGGAUAUUUUCGAGUGUCUUACGAAUCAAUUAGAAAAACUAUCACCAUUGUCCUUUCGAUUGAGGUAUACGAGUUUAUCCAAUUCAAGAAUUACUCUGACAAAUCAAUCGUCGAUUCUGCCGAAAAAAUUUCAUGUGCGAACAUGGUUACGUGAGCGAAAAACACAGGUGAAAAUCUCACCAAAAGACGCAAUUUCUUCGCGAGUAUCCACUCUUUCUCAACGACACAAAUCCGAUUUAAUUCCAGUUUCCAAACGACAUGAAAAACUUUGA